GGGACAAUACUACAUUGGAAUGUGAACUUAUUCACGACAUGGCAGUCGAGACUGGGAUGAGAUUUACAAUCCGUGAAGGAGGUAAAACAGUUGGAACUGGUGUCAUCGUUGAAAUUCAUGAAUAA